AUUCUAUAAGUCUGGGAACGCGGUGCUUCCAAUUUUUGAUAAGUACGACACUUGCACUAAAUGCAACCAUCAAAUUUAGUGUUUGAAGAAAUAUCAAGUGUGGAUCAUAAUCACAAAGAGCAGAAGACAUUUAUGUUAAUAGUAUACAAAAAUAGGUGCGUGCAAAGUGUCGCUGGCCUUUAAUGGAACUACUGAGUUAACAAUAUAACGUUGUGUUUAAUUCUAAGUAAAUGUGUUUAGUCAGUCGGUGAUCUUAUGAAUUCACAUUAACUAACCUGAGUAAAGCAUGCGCAUUGUCUUAAAAAACAGGAUGUAUUCAUCUAAAUGGGUCUAUAAUCAGAUUGUUUUUUGAGAUUAGAGGUGAGGAUCGGUUAAUGAACUUUAGAUUGACUCAAAACCAAUAAACGAUGUUUACUACAAUGGAUGUAUAUGAUGCAGCCUUAUCAAUCGGUCGUGAAUGUCAGUUAAUUGUUGAUGAAUAUGGUGAUGAUGUAUUAAGAGAUUUAAUGCCGAAAAUUGUCUAUAUUUUGGAAGAAUUAGAAGCUUGUACCAGUUAUUGUGAUAAAGAGAAGGAAGAAAUUGCACGCCUUCAAACAGUUGCAGAUGAACUUCGUCAAGAUCAGAAAUCUGACAUUGUACUUAAAGAUAAAUAUGAUAAAAGUUUAGAACAGCUUGAACAAAGUUGGUAUUGUGAAAGUCAAAAGUUAUUGCAAGAAAUUGCUGAAUUAGAACAAGAAAAUGUUCGUCUAACACAUCAUUUAAUUUCUUCUUGUCAUAAAGAGGUCAGAGAACAGGAAGAUUCCAAUAUCUUACAAAAUUGCGUAAUGUGUGAUGAAUCAGAUAUUAUAUGUCCAACAUCUCAACAGUCAAAAUUGGGUCUUAAAGGUGUUUCAGCCAAUCUUGACACGGACAGAAUUUAUGACAAAUUAAAAAACAAACCUAGUGAGGAGGAAUUAUCUGAUAUGAUGUCUAGUUUGCUAUUGGAGACGGAAGAAAGAAUACAGUUAACUGAACAAGAAAAUCGUGCAGCUGAUCUUCAAUUAGUUCAACAACUAAAAGAAUGUGUAGCAAUUAAUUACAAAACUGCACGACAAAUUCGUCGUGAGUUAACUGAAGUUGGCGCUUCAUUAGAUGCAUCGGAAGAAGAAGUUUGUCGUUUAGCUCGUCAAAGCGGUCAAUUAUUGGCAUCUUGUGCCCCUCAUAGACGUCAAACUGGUCAAUUGGUGUCAGAAAAAGCCACACUUGAAACACAGUUAUGUGUAAAAGAACGAGAAUUGGCUAAUUUACUGAAAGAUUUAUCAAAUAACGAUACGCUACAUAAUGACCAAUCUGGAAUAAUGUCGAAUACAUGUGAAUCAAUACUACAACUACCUGCUGGACAAGGUUUAGAAUCAAUUAAUUUUGAACAAGAAUCAAAUACUACUAAUAAAUAUAUCUCUGUAGAAGAAUUACGUUAUCUGCUACAUGAACGAAAUGAACUUAAAUGUCGACUAAUUGAAUUAGAAGAAGAAUUGAGACUGUUAGAGUUAGAAAAUUUAAAGGAUCCAGAAGUAGAAGGACCUAUGUUGCCUGAACCACCUGAAAAACUUCGUCCAAAUAGGAAAAACCGUUUAACUAUAAAAAUGAUCUUUGAAAAUCUUCUUCAUCAUUUAACUGAACGAGCUACAACCAUAUUAUCAUGAAGCUGGUUGGUUGGUUAUUAUCAUGAACAAUAUUCCUUACACAAGAUUCUUUUGAGUUCAUAUACGCAUUUAUAAUCCUAUUGACUUUUUUUUGCUUAUCUUAGAUUGCAUAAUACACAAUAAUUGUAAUAAGACUCAUAAUGAUAAAUAUAUAUGAUUGUAUCCGUCUGUGUGGUGUGUGUGUGUGUUUGUGCAUUUCAUUUGAAGUUGAUCAUUUUAUGUUUUCUAUGUUGUAGUUUCUAUUGAAUUAAAAGAAAAUAUUUAAUUGUUAUUUUUUGAAUUUUAUUAUCAUUAUUCAUAAUAUUUUGUUUCUCUUUGUGAAAUAUGUUUGUAAAAUUGAUUAAUUUUGUUUUUAUUAUUUUACAUUGGUGAUAAAAUUCAUCUAUUUUACCAAUACUACUUUAUUUUAAUUGUCAGUAGUCAUUCUAGUCAUGACUUAAUUUAUUUGUGAUUUGUUUAUUGUUUUAUAAUUUUUGUUUAAAUUAUUUUUAAGAAGAAGUUCUAUGUUAUUUAUUACUUAAUCUAUAAUUCAUUAACUCAUAUAGGCGCUUUUUUUGUUUUAUUCAUUUAAAUGAAUAAACGGAAUAUAUACAAAUUAAUAAUUUA